AUACUAUGGAAAUAACUAAUUUUUGCGCGAAUUCUUUUUAUGAGAAAAAUAACGAAUUUUUCAAGAAGAUUCAGGCAUACGAAGAAAAGUGGGAAACUAGUUUACCAAUAAGGUAAGUAGAAAAUCACGCCCACUAUUCCCAAUAUUUUCAGCGUAAGAUGGGAUUAUUGGGUGUAAAUUUCGUGUUCCAUGUGAAUUUUCUUUUAUGAGAAAAAUAAUGAAUUUUUCGAAAAAGAUACAGGCACACGAAGAAAAGUGGGAAACUAGUUUACCAAUAGAGUAAGUAGAAAAUCACGCCCACUAUUCCUAAUAUUUUCUGUCUAAGAUGGGCUUACAGGGUAUAAAUUUCGUGUUCUAACGCGUACAAGUGUUAGUUCUUGUACUUUCGAGUGAGCUAACUUAUUCUUUAAGUCAAUUGUACGAGUUUGUCGAGUGUGUGCGAGAAAAAAUAGUUUGAGUGUCGAAAAUGGAACCGCGCGCAAUAAUAGUGAGAUUUUUUAUAAUCGUAUGCAAUCAAAGCAAAAAUAUUAAAAAGCGCGAUUAUUUUAAGAAUUUGUCUCGCGACGAUGAAAUUAAUUAUUUAUUAUUCGAGCGUUUCGCGGAAAAAGAAUGUUCCAGCACGAUACUGUGCUUGUUGUACAAAAUGGGCUAUUUUGAGGGAAACGUUCGGCUAAUAGACACUAUAUUUCGUAUCGUCGAAGCGCGUUACGCGGAUGAACAAUAUUAUGAAAACGACGCGAGUGGGUGCAUCGCACAAUUUUUACGACGUCGAGACGGGGUGCCGGAAAAUGAGAAUAGAGGAGUGUCAGGUAAGAAAAAAUAUAAAAUAUCUAAUAAAGAAAAAGUUAGUAUUUUAUAUUUUAAUUACGAGUAUUUUUUUGUAGGUGAGAGACCGGUAGCACUAGUGCACCCUUUUCGUACGCAGUACGGUCGCCUAAGCUUAAGGCGGCGGCGCGAGGCGGAGGUGGCUGAGGAGGCUGUACCUGCCCGGAGACGUCGAAUCGGAGAAGCUCCUGUUGCUAUUGUAGCACCAGCAGUAGCAGCAGCAGCACUACCACCACCACCGCUAGCACCAUCACCACCACCUCGCGUCAUUCCCGUUGUGGAUUUAGUGUCUGAUGACGACACGCAGAACGGGUCCGAUGUUGUGCCGAGCUCGUUUGAUUCAGCGGCGUUAUUUACACCGAUACGCCAAGAAGAAAGAGAAAACGGUUGGAUGGAAGAGGAUACGAUGGAUAGAGUGUUAGCAGAGUGGGAGGAAGGAGAGAUAGAAAGAGAAAACGGCUGGAUGGAAGAGGAUACGAUGGAUAGAGCGUUGGCAGAGCGGGAGGAAGGGGUGCUGGAAAGAAAUUUUGAAGAGAGAGAUAAUGAACGGGAGAUGGAAGAAGAAGAAGAAGAAGAAGUGGAAGAUGAAGAAGAAGAAGAAGAUGAAGAGGAGGAGGAGGAAAAUGAAGAAUCGGAGGAGGAACAUCAGGAGGAAGAGGAGGAAGAAGAUAACGAGGAUGAUGACGAGGAGUCGGAGGAAGAGGAGGAGGAGCAUGUAGAUGAGGAGUCAGAGGAGGAGGAGGAAAAUGAAGAGUCGGUGGAAGAAGAAAACGAAGAAGAGGAAGAGAGAGAAGAAGAGAGUAAUGCUGAAAGAAAUGAAGAGAUGGGGGAGGAGGAGAUAGUGUUACCAAGCACACUUGACUCGGAGGCGCUAUUUUCGCAGAUAGGAGAAAUCGAGAAUGUGAACGUUUCCUCCAUUGAAGAAAGUGAACAUGAAGGGGAGGAAGAGACAGAAAGUGCAAUAGAAGAGGAUGAAGGAACGCAAGAGAGAGAGGAGGAGGAAGAAGAGGAGGAGAGAGGAGACGCCACUGUAACGCCUUCAGGUAAUAUAACAAUAUAAUAUAUUAUUUUAAAAUAUUACAUAUUAUUUUCAAAUAUAUUUUAAAUAAAAUUUUAAUUAUAAUAUUAAUACAAUUUUAAUUUUUUGUUAGAAAUUACUUGCACUCAACUACGGGAAUUUUUUUGGGGACAUAGGAAUAGAUCAUAAAAACUGGAACCCUAGGUUACUAUUUUGUUCUGUGAUCUCUACGCCGGUUAAUAUUUUUAAGGUUUUCUCUACAUCUCAAUUUUAAAAAUGAUAUUAAUAACAAUACAAAAAACUGUACAGAAUUUAAAAUAAAAACAAAAUAAAAUUUAAAAAAUUAUUAUUACCAUAUUCAUUUACCCAUGUAAAUGUUGUGCAUUUAUUUGAAAUUAUUUUAUUAGUCUCUACUUUGAAUAAAAAACUUUUAAAUUAUUAAUCAGUUAAAUUUAACUUGAGAAAAUUUUAUAAAUUUUAUUACGUGACUUUAUUACUUAAAUAAAAAAUUUUAAUUAAAUCUCGACGAAGUGUUGACUAAUUAGCCGUUUUUUAAAUUUUUGUCAUAUACCUUCUUGUUCGUCACUGAAAAAUUAUAUAUAAUAAACUUAAUCUUUUUUGUAUUAAAGUAAAUAGAAUAAAGGGUAAUUUUUUACUUAAUUCUUACACGAGCACAGAGUAAUAUGUUAAAAAAAUUAUCGAUUUAAUUAAUCACACGUCAGAAUUAACUCAUCGUUUACGUUAACUGUCUAAAUCAAGUGAGUAAACUAGAUUAGUUACUUUAACGCAUUUCGUCUAACGUUGGGGUUCCAGUGAAAAA